AGCCUCAUUGAAAGGACAGUACAGGACGGGUUAUGAACCAGCAACUUCGAAAAUGCAGAAAAGCCAGACCGAGCACCUCUAUAAAAUAUUAGUCAUCGGUGAUCUGGGUGUAGGAAAGACCAGUAUUAUCAAGCGCUACGUACAUCAAACCUUUUCCCAACAUUAUCGAGCUACGAUUGGCGUGGAUUUCGCACUUAAAGUACUCAACUGGGACUCGGAGACUGUAGUUCGACUGCAGUUAUGGGACAUAGCGGGUCAAGAACGAUUUGGGAACAUGACAAGAGUAUACUACAGAGAGGCCUUUGGAGCAUUUAUUGUCUUUGAUGUUACGCGAGCCACAACAUUCGAAGCAGUGUCCAAAUGGAAGGAUGACUUAGACUCAAAAUUAACUCUACCUAAUGGCAAACCUGUCUCAGUUGUCCUAUUGGCAAACAAAUGUGAUCAAGGGAGUGAGUUCUUAGCUGCCAAUCCUGGAAAGAUGGAACAGUUCUGCAAGGAUCAUGGAUUUGUCAGCUGCUUUGAAACUUCAGCAAAGGAAAAUGUCAACAUUGAUGAAGCGGCUCGGUGUUUGGUCAAACACAUCAUGGAUAGUGAAAAUGAUCUUGCACAGUCUGUUGAGUCUGAUGUUGUCACCCCCGCACUCAAUUCCUUCAGAAGCAACAGCAGCUGCUCAUCUUGUUUUAAGUCUUAG